UCUUAUUUUUCAGCCCCAAUAUUGUAUUUAGGUAUUGCAAAAUUUGUGUGAGAACUGGUCGUUCUACCACCGCUGUAUGUGACGCCAUGGCUGGGCGGGGCUUGUUUUCAAACCCAGACGCAGGCACAUACCAAUGAAGAUGGCGGCGGUGGGGUCCGCCAAAUCCGCUGGACUGGGGCAAAGAGGUAAAAGCAGGCCUGGCACUCUCGCUGCUCCACUGAGUUUGGAGGAGUCCCGGUGUCCGGUGUGCUCCGAGAUUCUCCUGGAGCCGGUAACGAUGCCAUGCGGACACUCGGUGUGCCUGCAUUGCUUCCAGCGGACGGUGAAGUUAAUCAGUCUGUGCUGUCCUCUGUGCCGGCUGCGAGUGUCCAGCUGGGCCCGUAAACAGUCCCGGGAGAAGAGCCUGAUCAACACCGAGCUCUGGGAGCUGGUCCGGCUCAGUCACCCGGAGAGAUGCAGGCGCAGGCUGGAGCAGAGAGACCGAGAGACCGCGGACGGAGAAAUUUUCCGUGCACCUGUACAAAUUCAUAAGUCUGGAGAAAUGCGUCAAGAGUACGAGAAACAAAAGAUGAAGGGUGGAGGCAGUGAAGAAACUGAAGAGCGAAAGAAAAAAAUCCACAGAAAAGAAGACUGUGGGAUGCUAAAACACUGUCAAUAUCCUUUCUGUGGAGUGUCAGACUCUGAGAAUGAAGAGCCGGUGGGAAAGAGGACCCGACAUGUUUCAGCAUUUGUGCGAAAAACUGCUUUCAAUAGAAGUUGUCUUAAUAGCAGUGCUGUCCAGAGGAGCAGGAGCUGUACAGAUUCUGAGGAUGGAAGAGGAAAAAAUAGAGUUCACGCACAUCAUGCCGGUCCUGACAAGGCUAGCAUCGCACAUAGUUACAAUGCUGGAAUCCUUCUGUCCUCGGAGAACAGUCGCUCUUUCUCAGCACCAGUACUGACCUUAGAUAAGAGACACCACUGGCGGGGCAUCCACACCUCAUCCGCUUCGCUCACGCUUCAUACCAAACCAGAGAGGUCUAUUAGCCCCGAGAGCAAUGACAGCAUAUCGGAAGAACUCAACCAUUUCAAGCCUAUUGUCUGCUCACCGUGCACUCCACCCAAAAGGAUGCCCGAUGGGAGAAUUUUGGAACCAACGAUUGUGAAGUCAACCCCUAGGAACUUGACACGCACUCUGCAGAAGUCCACAAGCUACGAGGCCAGCCCAACCAUCUUGCAGAAGUGGAAGCAGAUUGAAGUUGAUCGUCAGUUCAUCAAGGUGAACUCAAAAGGUACAGUCACAAGUCCGAUCGCAGAGGAUCUUAGCCUUAAACUGAGUCCGGUUGAAGAAUGGGACAGCCAACUCUGCAGCUGUGAUGUAGCCAAGGACGGCUUGCAAGAUCAUCAGUGCAUUUCUGUAUCAAGUGCUAAGGAUCGGAAGGAUAAACCUAUAGUCUGUAAUAAACGACGGCUUGUAUUUGAUCAGGUUAACAAAGAGGAAGGUACACAGCCAGCUAGCGCUCCCAUCAGGUCGAUAACUCAGUCCGUUGCAGAUACUUCAUCCGCAAAAGGGCGAAGCAAAUGUGAAGCACUCUGUAAACCCACAGAAAUUUGUGAACCGUUGCUUGAUAAACACGUUGGACACUGUAAUCAGGGUACUGUAGACCCAGAGAACUUCAUAAAUGAGCCUACCACAAGGAGCUGUGUUAACAGACCUACCUCAAGAAGGAGCAAAAAGAGAAGCCACAAAACCAAACAUUUGGAAGAGACCCUACAGACAAAAAUAUCCCGGACAGAUGUCUGUGACAGGUUUGAUGAUCUGAUUGUCCAGCAAAUAAAUCAGGAAAAGGAGGACAGAGAACUGGCACUAAAGCUACAAAGAAAGUUUGACAGAGAAUUAAAAAAAGUAGACAGGCACAAAACAAGUCGUAACAAUUACGAACUCCGGUCCUGGGCUACAAAAGAUGGGAUGGUAGGACACAGUACACGCAGAUCAGGAAGAAUCUCCAAAUGAAAUGAGCACUUUAGCUACAGCUGUUAAAGCAUCCUCCAGUUAUGGUAGUGUUUUAUUGAAAUGAUUUGUCACCGUCACAAAUGUUUUCUUUCUUGAGGCACUACAGAGGCGUUCUAACAUCUGGAUAAGUAUUGAAAGAUAAGGUUUUUUGCUUUUUUGACUUUUUAUCCAAAGCAACUUGCGUUAAUCGAGUCCACCAAGAGCAGAGGUGCCAAUCCUGUUCCUGGAGAUCUUGCAAAGUUUAGCUCCAACCCUGAUCAAAUACAACAGAGCCAGCUAAUUAAGAUCUUGAGCAUUUAGUAAUUACAGCCUGGUGUGUUGAUCUGAACUUUGCAGGUAGAUCUUCAGGAACAAGUUUGGGCGCCCAUGACCUAGAGCAAGCAAGUGCUUUGCUUGCAGCAGAAUUGUGGUAAGACAAGUGUGGACUCUCAGGAACUUUCCCAAAUAUGAGGAUCUAGAUCAGUGAUCCUUAAAUCUGGCUCAUGAGAUCCACUUUCCUGCAGAGUAUAGCUCCAACCAUAAUCAAACAAACCUACCUGUGAUUUUUCUAUUGACCCUGAAGACACUUAUUAGCAACCUCAGGUGUGUUUGAUUAAGGUUAGAGCUAAACUCUGCAGGAAAGUGGAUCUCGUGAGCCAGAUUUGAGGAUCACUGAUCUAGAUUUUAAGCUGCAAUGUUUUGUUUCAAGCUCUCGUACUGUUUAACUGGCUUCUACUACUCAAAAAGAGAGGAAAUUAGGUGUAUGCUGUUUGGGAGAAGAAAAACGUACAUAACUAUUUAUAAAAACUCUAAAAAGCUUUUUAGUACUUCAAGCCAGAGAUGACAGUACUCCUUACAAUCUUAUUGUGAUCAUCACAAUCGCUCUUCGAGAAAUUAUCAUAGAACAUUUGUUGAAACAGGUGUUUUGUACAAAAAUUUUAGCAUAAUCCUUUUUCUUUGGCUUUUAUAUAUUAUUUUUAUUGUUAUUGUUGUUGAUUUGUUUUUUACAAUUUAGGUAGAAAACAGUAAAAAUUGCAGCCUUGGGUCAGAAAACUACUCUACACAAGUACAUAGACGCAAAGGCUUGUUCAACAAAUUGCAGUUGUUGUAUGUAACCUCUUUACUUUGUUCUUGUUGUACUUUGGUGGAAACAAACCUCAGUACUCAAGGCAGUGAUAUAAUUGCCUUCAAAUGUUUGUGCCAUUAACCAUGUUGUAUUAUUUUUCUAGCUAGCUAG